UACAGCAAGGGUAACCUAGAGCGGGAGAGAACCUCCCCCAGCCGGCUCUGCGGACCCGGACGGCCAAGGAGAGCAGGAGCGAGAGAGGGAGAAAAAGAGAGAGAGAGAGAAAGACGAGAAGGGGGGAAAUGCCUGCGGAAUGAAGAGGACUAGGCGAGCCCUGACCAUGCGCCCCUGGGGCGCGGCGGCCUGCGCGCUGCUCCUGCUGUUCGGGCUGCGGGCGCUGGCCGUCUGCCCGCACGCCUGCUCCUGCACGCGCAGCCACCGGGUGGCGGACUGCUCGGGCCGGGGCCUGGACCAGCUGCCGGACGGCCUGCAGCACAACGUCCGCACGCUCAACCUGUCCCGCAACCGCCUGCAGGACCUGGACGGGCUGCUGGGCCACCUCGCCCACCUGCGCACCCUGGACAUCUCCCGCAACCACCUGGCGCGCAUGCCCGCCGGGCUGCCCCGCGCCCUCUGGGAGAUCCUGGCGUCGGGCAACCGGCUGCGGAUGCUGGAGAAGAACGACACGGCCUACCAGUGGAACCUGCGGGCGCUGGACCUGUCGGCCAACCAGCUGGAGCGCGUGGUCUUCAUCAACAACACCCUGCCCGACCUGCGCCUGCUCAACCUCAGCCACAACAAGUUCUGGACGGUGCCCACCAACAUGCCCUCCAACCUGGAGACCGUCGACCUCUCCCACAACUUCCUGGUGCAGAUCCUGCCCGGCUCGCUGGACCGGCUGCCCCGGCUCAGCCGCUUCUACCUGCACGGCAACCGCUUCUCGUCCGUCGGCGAGCCGGCCUUCGGUCGGCUGGAGGGCCUGCGGCUCAUCACCCUGGACGACAACCCGUGGGCGUGCGAGGACGAGGAGAACAUGACCAGCCUGCUGGCCUGGACGCAGCGGACCUCCGCCCGCGUGCUGGGCUGCCCCUGCCACACCCGCCACGUCUGCGGCGAGGCCCGCGCGGCCGCCACCGGGGCGUGGCGCUACGCGUCCUUCACCCGGAGCCCGCUGGAGGGCGAGGCGGCGGAGGCGGGGCGCUGGUCCAAGCCGGCCGCUCCGGGGCUGCUGGACGAGGGCCCCUCCUUCCCCGGCGGCAACGGCACCUCCAACUUCUCCCUGCCGGCCAACCACCUCCUCUUCGGAGGGGGUGGCGGCUUCUCCACCGUCGCCACGACGACCACCAGCGCGACGCCCCGGUCCAGGGCGGCCGAGAAGGCCAAGGCGGGAGGAGUCGGGAGCGCGAACGCCGGGCUCCGGACCCGCGUCCCGAACGCGAUCGGGCUGAACGUUUUACUGGCCACCGUCGUCUUCGGCGAGCUCUGAAGACCCCUCUCCCCCCCCCCCCACGGAACCAGGAACUCUCACCCUUUCACAACAAACUGCCCUUUCGACCGCAAAGGAAUGCUGUGGCUCUUCGGCGCUGUUUAUUUUAAAUGCCGUUCGAAUUGGAAAACGUGCCUACCGUGUGCAGUCCCUUUUCAGUCCCGAGCAAAACGAUGAUCGCCAUGUGUUGAGCGUAGGAGUGUGGUAUGUGGCUCAACUGCGUAUACAAUGAUCUACACCAGGGAUCAUCAACUCUGGCCCUCGAAUCCAAAUCCAGCCCUGGUUUUCUUCUCUCCCGGGUAAUUAGUGCUUACUGAUUGGCCAGACUGUCUUCACACCUGACUCCCAGGCAAAGGGAGGGUGGAAAACCAGCAGUUCUCGGCCCUCGAGGACCGUGAGUUGCUGAUCCCUGGUCUAUACAAAUAGCUAGCAACGGAAAACAAUGUGCCGCAGCUACUGCUAUUUAAUCUGCCGGUGUGGCUGAAUGCUUUCUCUCUGUAUCUGUGUACCAUGCUUGUCCAUUGUAGGAUCAUACGGCUGCAUUUUGUGAAAUAAGAAAAAGCCAACAGGAAUCACUGUGUGAUUUUAAUAGUUUUAAUACACUGUAUAUGUGGGUGCUUCACAUAUUAAAAACAGGGCUGCCUGUUAUUUUUAUUUAUUUAUUUUUGCCUGAAGGCCUCUUACACUAACUGAACUGAACACUGACAAACCCGCGGUUUGAACCGCACUGGGACUGGUCUCAUCGCCGUGGUUACCCGCCGCGCGGCCGACCGCUCAGGCGGCGCGGUUUGAUUUUCGCCGUCGGCGGCGGCGGCGCUGUCUCCGCUAGCGCGAGCGGCGGGCCUUCGCCUAGCAGGCCGCUCACGCACGCCUCAUCCCGGGAGCGCAGGCUCGUAAAAAAAGGGCACAACCCCGUCAGCGUCGCCGACUGAUAAAUACACCACAAAAUGGAAUUAAAAAAAAAACCACUGACAUUUUUAAAAAGGUGGGCUGCAAAGGGCGAUGAAUCAGUAACACGCCUGCUGCGACAGACAGACAUACAGACGGUUUUUCUCUGGCUGGAAAGAGGUGAGAAAGCUUUAAAUGUCAGCUCUCAGUUCAACCCGAACUAAAAAAAGAGUGAGGAAUUGCGCUCCC